AUUUUAGUAACAGAAAUCAUUCGACCGUGAUGGUCAGUUGCGUGGCAACCAUACAGUUUAUGCGCACCGCAAGCACACUAAAACAACUGAUAUCAAGUUGCUCUGUUGGCCUUUUUGAUACGGAUGGUGUAAAUUCGACAAGGGAACUAGCUCUAACGGAGAAAAAACUGCGUCAAAAUGGCUACGACUAACCUCCCAGCAAUUCCGCACCCGUUAUCGAGGAUGGAAGACCCUACGAAUCUAAACGUGAGAGGAUUGUCUCGCGAAGGUUCGCGUGUAGCUUCGCGGCAAAGUUUGACUUUCGGACAAGACCUCGACCGCCAAAAGCUUAAUGUAUUACGACCUAUAACGGCGGAUCAAGUGCCUUACAGGCUAACUAGGUCUUCGAAUGGCUUUGGUGGGCAACGAAGCCCAAGAUACGAUGGAUUUGCUGGCAUUCCAGAAGGCGUCGAAGUGAAAUUCGCUGAAGAUCCUAACAAGCCAACAAUUCCAAUUUUCGGGAGCCGUGCAGACAUGGCAAGUCGGGCUGAAAGCCGCCUGUCUCGAUUAAACAGUGCAGCAUCCUCUUUACAGGGUCCUGACAGAGCUUCAGUUGACGAGAUUGAAGCUUUACUACGAGAAAAGAUGAAAACUGGAUAUUAUGACAUAAGGGGGGCCUUCAAAAACUGUGAUCCAGAGAGCAAAGGAAUCGUAAACAGGGAAAAAUUGAGAGAAAUUUUGAUCAAUUUCUUAUCAAGAUCAAUAACUUUGAGCCACUUUAACAAGUUAAUGGUGCGGUUACGACUGGACCACAAAAAGAUGAUUUCUUAUGAUGAGUUUUACGCUGCGUUUAGGCCACCAAAGAAAGCUGAUGAGGGCCCUGCUUGGCUGCAGCUGGAGAAGCCUGACUUAAAAUACAUGUCUGCCGCUCAAGUACAUGCACAUCUUAAAGAGAAGGCAAAACAAAGGUUUUUGGAUGUAGCAGAACUUAUUCCGCAAAUGAACCCUGGAGGUUCUGGACGAAUUCUCAGGCCUGAACUGCGAAACGUCCUCAACAAGAUGGGCUUUUACAUGGAGGACGACGAGUUUGAAAAACUCUGGCAAAAAUACGACACGGAAAACUACGGAACGAUUCGUGCAGAGCGAUUGAUGAGUAGGCUUGGUAUUGCCAUGAAGGACACAGGAUCAAGAGAAGUAUCGAGCUCGCCGAGGAAGCUCGAAGCGGAAAGGAAACACUCUUUGGAUGUAGAGAGAUGGUUGAAGAGGAAGUUUCGCGAGGGUUUCUCGGAUAUGAAGCAUGCUUUUAUGGAGUUAGAUCUGGACAGGAUAGGAAAAGUUAGCUUCGAUGAUUUCAGAAUGGUCAUGAAAGAUUUUGGCUUGCGCCUCGACACCGAUAAACAACUGGAUGAUUUCAUUGCAAGGUGCGGCAUCGAAGCUUCCAACGGCAAGAUUUCGUACAAAGAAUUUCUGCGCCGUUUCCAAGAUCGCAGCGAGCAGGGAAUGCCCCACAAGAUUUUGGCCAAUCCACUUCACAGGUACCACCACAGUGAAGGUGGAAGUAACUAUUCAACAACUUCAGCCAUAGAGGCCAGAAUGAUGGACAUGUUUCAGAAGGAGUUCUUAGCCCUGCUGGGUACAUUCCACAAUAUUGACCGUAAGGAUUCUGGUCUGCUGACUCAGCAACAGUUCCGUGCAGCUAUCGAAGGAAGAUUCGAGUUGAACAUGUCAGAGCAGGAGUUUGAGUCAUUUCUGAAGAAAGUUCCCAUCGACAGCGACGGUAUGGUCAAAUAUGUGGAGUUCAUGUCGAAAUUUGAUACUUUUGAAAGCAAGAGCCUGUUUGAUCGCUCCAGCAUCAUGGAUCGAAAAGAAGCUCUUCCUACUCUACCGGAAAUAGACAGCCCUCCUAUGUCACCUAAGAAACAGUUUCGACCGAUGAAAACCAUGGAUUCGUACAAUAGCCAGGAAGGGCGCAGCGUCGAGGAAUUGAAGGCUCUGAUCAAGAGUGUGCUUCAACAUAAUUAUCAGGCCUUUGAAGAGGCCUUCUAUGAACUUGAUGAAUUAAACAGCAAGAAAAUGUCACCAAACAUGAUGAUUAAGCUUCUAAAAAAGUUUGGUCUUCCUCUAAGUCGCAAUGAAGUCAAACGACUGUGGGAUACUCUUAUCACAGACCAAAGAGGCUCUUUGGAAUACUGGCAGUUCGUGCGCACUUUUGGUUAUUCCCUGGAUUCAGCAGCGUUCCCAAAUGCUAAGGUUUCUCCGCCCAAGAGAGGUGACAAUGACUUCAUGAUGCGCUCCAACAAACUGAACAGUGACAAACAUCUUUUGCAUCAUUUGCUCAAAUCAAACAUCGACUUCCACUGGGAGACGCUCUGGAGAGAGUUCACCUCUAUUGACCGACAAGGGACUGGAAACGUUUCGAGAAAAGAUUUCACGACUAUUUUGCAAGAUAUGUGUGUUGAACUGACAGACUACGAGUGUCAAGUCCUGUGUGACAAAUUUGAUCCUAAGAAAGAAGGAAGAAUAAAUUACAUCAAGUUUUUAGAACCAUAUUCCAAACAUCGAAGGGCCCAUCGCCAUGGACACAAUAUGCAAGCGGUCAUGAAGCAUCCACAGGCUGAGCUGCCAAUGGAUGAGAUCGUUCAAAAGCCAAGUAAAGGUCUGUCGACAGUGACAGCAAAGCUCAGAGAUAAGUUGUCAGGAAAAUGGAUAAACCUCAUGCGAGCUUUCAAGAAACUAGACAAAGACAACAAGGAUUUCCUCUCUCUUCAAGAAUUCCGACAUGUUUUGGAGCUUUGCAACGUAGUUUUGGACGAGGAAGAUAUUUAUUACAUUUUAACCGAGUUCGACGAAAACCGUGGCGACAAAAUCAGAUAUACCAAAUUCCUGGACAAGAUUAAGUGAUGGUGGUAAACAGAGUGCUUUGUGUGUGAAAAUCUGAAAUAAUUAAUUGUACAGACUUAGUUACCCUCGUAAAAGACACACUUAAAAAUGAAGUGGAUUUGGUUGGUUAAGAGCGAGAAUGGAUUGCAAAGUUUGAACAUUUCACGUAAACUUCAAGUGUAGAAUGUAUACAAUUUUUAUAUUUAGUUGUGUUGUUUCUUGCCAUAAUUGUAAUAUUCUGCAUUAA